CCUAAUUAUUUCUAAAAAUGGAAGCCACGAUCUUCGAGAAAAGAAGAACCUCAACAUCAACCAUAGCGAUGCACAAACAAUCAUACUCAAUAACCAAAUCAAAGCCAAAGAUCCGAAUAAUUCACAUAUUUGCUCCUGAGAUCAUCAAGACUGACGUUGCCAACUUCCGUGAGCUCGUGCAAAGCCUAACCGGCAAACCAGAAGAACGUGGCGUUUCCAAAGCAAAACAUAGAAGAGACAUUCAGCGUCAAGUCCAAGACAUGAUCAGCAUGGAGUCACUAAGAGAACCCGACCAUGGUGAUCAAAGGUUUUGCUUAAACUCGGAAAUGGAAGAUAAUGAAGAGAUCUCGAUGACUUGGAACGGUAAUAAUGGCGUUGGUGAGAGCUCAGGAGGGUUCUUGAAUGGUUUGGGAGAUUUCGAAGGGCUUAUCCAAGAACUUGGUGAAUUUCCUUAUUUGCCCUUGUCCAUGGACGCUUCUGCUUCUUCUAAUUCGUCUUCUUCCUCUCAUUUACAUGGUGGAUCAAUUUUCUCAGAUUCUCGUCACCAAUUCGCGUAACUCUUGUCUCUCAAACGAAGUAACAGUCUGUUUUCUUGUUUAAUUUGUGUCUUUUAUUCUGUUUAUUAGGUUUUUUU